UGUCGUUAUGGUAACAUACCACCUGUUUGUAGAUGGAAGCUAACAAACAAAGCAGUUGCUAAAACUUUGUUAUCCCUGCUAACAAGUGCACGCAUUUAAGCCAGUAUUUAUUUUACGGCUGUUAUAGCAUUAUGGCAAGCUACAGAGCACCAGAAUCCAAACGAGAGCAGUUUCGAAGAUAUCUUGAGAAAUCAGGAGUGCUGGACACCCUGACAAGCAUUUUAGUGGCACUUUAUGAAGAACCCGAGAAGCCUAACAACGCUCUUGACUUCAUCAAGCUUCAGCUCGGGGCGGCUGGUCCAGAGCCAGCAGAUGCUGAGGCCCUGCGGAUGGAGCUAGCUGAUCUCCAGCAGAAGUGUAACCUGCUCAUGAAGGAAAACGAAGAGCUACGGAACAAGCUGAUGCAGUUUGAGACGUCGCCUGCUGAAGGGGACGGAGAGUAGCGUCACCUUUGCUUUUUUUGGGGGUGAAAAAAAGUUAUCCAACACUGGCCUUUUUGUAUAAAAUGUAAAUGUUUAUUAAGUAAUAAUGGAUGAAGAGUGACCGCAGAAUCACUGUCAUUUUUUGUUGUUUGACAAGCAAAUUUGCUCCUGAAUAAAUUUUUUUCCCCAGCA